GGGGCCGCGCCGGCCGCUGCACCUCGGUCUUGGCCCCUGAUCCCCCUCGCGGGCCCCUCAACGGGAGCCACGACAUUAUUGGCGCCUCUCCGGGGGUCCGGCCCUUCUCUGCUCGGAUCGGCUCCUAGGAAUGUCCUGACUGCCCGCGGGGAGGACCUCACUCUGACCCGCGAUUCUGAUCCAAGAACUGGAAGUUGACAGCUUGGCAGCCUUGCCCCCGGAUCGGCCUCCUCUUCUCACCGUCUCGUUUCCUUCCCCAGGAUUGUCAGUGGGUUCGCCCCGAGGAGAGCUGACCGCCCUGGGCCGCUGCGGGCCCCCGGCCGAGUUGAGCCACAAUGUCCCCGGAAUCUAAAAAGCUCUUCAACAUUAUAAUUUUAGGAGUUGCCUUUAUGUUUAUGUUCACCGCCUUUCAAACUUGCGGAAACGUGGCGCAAACUGUCAUCAGGAGCUUAAAUAGCACAGACUUUCACGGCAGUGGCUAUACCAGCAUGGCAAUUAUUUAUGGCGUGUUCUCCGCUUCAAAUUUGAUUACACCAUCUGUGGUUGCCAUUAUAGGACCUCAGCUCUCUAUGUUUGCAAGUGGUUUAUUUUACAGCAUGUACAUUGCCGUUUUUAUCCAGCCUCUCCCGUGGUCCUUCUACACAGCUUCUGUUUUCAUUGGAAUUGCAGCUGCCGUGCUUUGGACAGCACAAGGAAAUUGCCUGACAAUAAAUUCAGAUGAGCAUACUAUUGGGAGAAACAGUGGAAUUUUCUGGGCACUCUUACAAUCUAGCUUGUUCUUUGGAAACCUCUACAUAUAUUUUGCUUGGCAAGGGAAAACUCAAAUAUCAGAGAGUGACCGAAGAACAGUGUUUAUUGCCCUGACAGUGAUUAGCCUUGUGGGGACAGUUCUUUUCUUUCUCAUUCGGCAGCCAGAUUCUGAAAAUGUCCUGGGAGAAGAUGAGUCCUCUGAUGACCAGGACCUGGAAAACGAGUCUGCCCAGAGCACUAUGGGAAAAGCAGUCGAUGCAUUCAAAAAGUCUCUGAAGUUAUGUGUCACCAAGGAGAUGCUGCUCCUUAGUAUUACGACUGCCUAUACAGGUCUGGAAUUGACUUUCUUCUCUGGUGUCUAUGGAACGUGUAUUGGUGCUGUAAAUAAAUUUGGAAUGGAAGAGAAAAGCCUUAUUGGACUUUCUGGCAUUUUCAUUGGCAUUGGAGAAAUCUUAGGUGGAAGCCUCUUUGGUCUGCUGAGCAAGAAUAAUCGUUUUGGUAGAAAUCCAGUUGUGUUGUUGGGCAUCCUGGUGCAUUUUAUAGCUUUUUAUUUGAUAUUUCUCAACAUGCCUGGGGAUGCCCCUAUAGCUCCCGUUGAAGGGACCGAUAGCAGCGCUUACAUCAAAUCCAGCAAAGAAGUCGCCAUCUUCUGCAGCUUCCUGCUGGGCCUUGGGGACAGCUGCUUCAAUACCCAGUUGCUUAGUAUCUUGGGCUUCCUCUACUCUGAAGACAGUGCGCCGGCCUUUGCUGUCUUCAAGUUUGUGCAGUCCAUCUGCGCAGCCGUGGCAUUUUUCUACAGUAACUACCUUCUCCUUCACUGGCAACUCCUGGUCAUGGUGAUAUUUGGAUUCUUUGGGACCAUUUCAUUUUUCUCCGUGGAGUGGGCAGCCGCUGCCAUCGUGGCCCGGGGCUCUGACUACCGGAGUAUUUGACCUGGGACACCUGCGAGGUGGGGCGCUGCGGCGGACGACACGCGGGACGUCGGCUCGGCUGAAGAAGCCACCUUCGGCGUCCGCAGAGUGCUGGACGCUGUUCAGGAAGGAAACACAGAGAAUCAAGACCGCUCAGUCGGCCAGGGUUGGUGUUCAAGUUUACAGACAUUAGCUAUUUAAAAUAAGCAGAAUAAGGGAAACUUGUUCUGUCAAUUAUAAUCGUUCAGAAAUGUUGUUUUGCAAGUCCUCUGUCUCAAGUUCCUUAUCAUCAUGCUAUAGAGUGUAAAUGUUUUCUUUCCCUCCUGUUCUCCUCGAAAGAUGCUGCCCCCAUUCAGAACACUAGGCCGUUUGUCAAGCGAAGAUUCUUGCCCGGUGUGGGGUGUGUGCUGCUGUGUGAUGAUGGGGAACAUAUACAGCCCCCUAUGUGUCUGGGAGUGAUGUUUAAAUAAACUGUGAGAUGCUGAAGUGGAA